UACCACUCGCUUUCCCAUCGAUUUCCGCUCGAGGCGCCAACAGUCCACGAAAGUUUGCGCCCUCUACCCCAGACCAUCUUCAGCGACCGGCCACGCCCACACCAGCGGCCAUAUCCACCCGCCGCCCACGAUCCAACAGCAGGCCAUACGAAUACAAGCAACAACUAGUGUGUUGUAAAACCGCCCGUCCUGGCUUCGCAACGAGAUCUUCGCCGGUCAUACUUGGCCGGCUCGCAACCCAUCUCGAGCUUUGACGGAACAUACGGCGCCGGCCCUCACUACCGGGACAGCGCUAUGAUGGCAACCGGUAUUGCCAACAGCUCCAGCCGGAGCAAGACGAACCUUUUCUCAACAGAGUUUCUCGCGUCAAAGUGGGCGAAACUCUUCUUUUUCGUUGUCGGCCUGCAGGCGCUAGUAUGCUCAGCUUUCGAGGCAUACGUGUUCGGGAGGUUCCAGUUCAGUCUUAAAUAUCAGGAAAGCGAAAGCAUCGACGACAGGCUGAAGUCGCAAUACCGCACCAUCCCGACCUUCCUAACGCUCUUCAUUUUCGGAUUCAUCUACGUUCUGAUCCUGACAUGGGACGCCCUGCGGCUCAAGAACACGAUUCAAGUGAUCGGCCUCUGCAUCGCCAACCUGGCCAUCUUCGUCUACACCAUCCUCCAGAUAGAUCAGAUUAACAAUUCGAUCAAUCGGUUGCUGGAUGCCGGCGCUAUUAAGCCGGACGAUGAGGACAGGAAUGUGUGGGCGCUGUGCAGGCCGUUCCUCGUCGCCGUACCCGCCGUCGUUGGCGUGAUCACUGUCGCCAUGGGCGCUAUCGCUUACCAGCUCUACCGCGAGUUCGCCUGGGAUAUCCUGAAGCAGAUUGGCGCCGACUACCGCAUGAAGAAACGCUUCCUGCACUACCAGAUUUACAUCGCUCUGCUGAAGUUCGAUUUCUUCUUCUUCCUCGGCUUCACGGUGCAGUUUCUCGUCAUCGUCAAUGGCCUCAGCAAGCCCGAAAUGGCCUUGCACAUCGUCGCCAUCCCAGUCACUAUUGCCAUCUUGCUGUGUGCUGCCUUCUUCACCCAACGCGAGAACCGCAUCGGCGUGUGCCUGGUCAUCCUCCUCUACUUCGGCGGCCUGGCCUACUUCUUCUUCAAGCUGGUGCGCAUCUAUCAGCCGGGCUACAGCCAGAACUACGAUGCGGUCAGGCGAUCGCUGACGGCUUUCGCGGUCCUGACCAUCCUUCUCAUCAUCCUGACCAUCAUCAAUGCGUUCAUAUGCAUGAGCAAUUUUGGUGCAGGACUCAAGGCUCACCUGCUCAGGCCGAAGGGCGUCGACCCAGAGAAGGAGGACGCCAACUCAUACCAACUACAUGACCACAAGCCCUCGCUUCCUACUCGGAUGACUAUCGAUUAAGGGUUGGGCGGACCUUCUGGGCGAUGAAGGAUGGAGGAAGACGAGGCGAAGCGAGACGAGGGCAUUGCAUUCGCCCGGUUACGAAUUUUUACGACUCUGGAGUCUGAAGCAAAGCAACAAACUAGCUGGAAGAGGCUGUUUCCU